AUGGAGCAACAUUCGAAAGCUUUGCUGCUUUCAUCUUCAAAUUGCCAUGGAUAUUCCAUGUUAGAAUUUGCGAAAGGAGAAAUUUGUGAUUUUUUAAAAAAACAUGAUGUUCAAGAACUAAUAUUUAUACCAUACGCUCAAAAGGGGUAUGAUGGAUACACAAAAACUAUUAAAAAUGUUAUUGUCCCUUGGGGCUUUACUGUGUCUGGUCUACAUACCUUUAAUGACCCAGCAGAGGCUAUCAAAACAGCUAGAGCAAUUUUUAUAGGUGGUGGAAAUACUUUUCUACUUUUAAAGACAUUAUAUGAUAACAAUUUAGUGUCUCUGAUAAGGGAAAGGGUAUGGGCAGGUGAUCUGGCAUAUAUUGGAAGCAGUGCUGGGACAAAUGUAGCUACAAAAAGUAUUCAUACAACUAAUGACAUGCCAAUAAUUUACCCACCUAGUUUUGAUGCUAUUGGUAUUGUUCCAUUUAACAUCAAUCCGCAUUACAUUGAUAAACCUGAAAAUGAGAAACACAAAGGAGAAACCAGAGAUCAAAGGAUAGGUGAAUAUAUGGACAUGCCACAUGCCAGCACAGUAUUAGGAUUAAGAGAAGGAAGCAUUUUACAUGUAAAUGGGAAAUCACUAAUUCUUAAAGGAGUAGCUGGUGCUGUACUUUUUAAGAAGCAAGUAUUAACACAAUGUAUUAUUUCUAGAAUGUUCUAA